AUGAUUUUUGUGCCAACAACACCUCUGAGGCUUAAUCGCAGAAGACCUUCUUCAUCGUCUUCAAAAGGUAGAUACCGUUUGCUUCAGGAAACUCAACGUCUUCUCAACGAACCAGGUAAAACUCCCACUUUACCUCCCCCGUUUGUUACAUUUGAUUUCUUUAUCAGAGAUUGGCCUCUCUUUAUCUCAGUGGUAUUGGUGUUGAAUGGAGGGUCUAUAUUAGUGUUGAAUGGGCUGCUAUUUCCUCCCAAAUCUGUGUUGUUUUCAAUUGAUUGUUUGGAGUCCUGGAUCUCGAAAGUUUUUGUUGGAUUAUCUUAA